AAAUGAAUCCAAUCGUCGCUGCUUUUCAAUCUGGCUUACGGUACGGAAAUAAUUUAAAAAUAGUUCAAUUAAAUUUUACACGAAGUAUUACAUCGCAACAAGUGUUUGACCGCGAAGACAAAUAUGGUGCUCACAAUUAUCAUCCGCUACCUGUUGCGCUGUGCCGAGGAGAGGGUGUUUUCAUGUGGGAUAUGGAGGGUAAGCGCUACUAUGAUUUUUUGAGCGCUUAUUCGGCAGUUAAUCAAGGACAUUGUCAUCCAAGAAUUUACAAAGCUAUGGUAGAGCAAGGUAAAAAGUUAACUUUGACCUCACGGGCUUUUUACUCGGAUGUUCUUGGAGAGUUUGAGGAAUUUAUAACAAAAUUAUUUGGGUAUGAUAAAUGGCUACCGAUGAACACUGGAGUUGAAGGAGGUGAAACAGCUUGUAAAUUAGCUCGUAAGUGGGCUUACAAAGUCAAAAAAAUUCCAGACAAUAGCGCCAAGAUAAUAUUCGCUGAGAAUAAUUUCUGGGGAAGAACUUUGAGUGCAGUAUCUUCUAGCACUGAUCCGACUUGUUAUUCCGGAUUUGGUCCAUUUAUGUCCGGAUUUGAGAUAGUUCCUUACGAUGAUUUAAUUUCACUUGAGAAAAAACUCAAGGAUCCUCACGUUUGUGCUUUUAUGGUUGAACCGAUUCAAGGUGAAGCUGGUGUCGUUGUUCCUAAAGACGGUUAUCUAAAAAGUGUAAGAGAGUUGUGUACAAAGUACAAUGUAUUGUGGAUUGCUGAUGAAGUACAAACAGGACUAGGACGAACUGGAAAACGUCUGGCCGUCGAUCAUGAAAAUGUCAAGCCAGAUAUUUUAAUUCUAGGAAAAGCUUUGAGCGGUGGCGUUUAUCCAGUCUCCGGAGUGCUGGCCAACGACCCAGUGAUGUUGAGUAUUCAACCUGGAGAACACGGCUCCACUUACGGUGGAAAUCCUCUGGGCUGUCGGAUCGCUCUGGAAGCGAUAAAAGUACUGGAAGAAGAAAAAUUAGCCGAGAAUGCCCAAAAACUCGGUGUGAUUCUGCGAGAGGAGUUGAAUAAAUUGCCUAAAGAUAUUGUGACCUUGGUAAGGGGCAAAGGUCUCCUCAACGCAAUUGUAAUUGAUAAAAAAUUUGGCGCUAUGGAUAUUUGCCUGAAAUUUAAAGAACACGGGUUGCUUGCCAAGCCUACUCAUGGUCAUAUAAUUCGACUUGCACCGCCUCUUGUUAUUAAUGAGAGGCAAAUUCAUGAAUGCUGUGAGAUUAUGUCUAAAGUUAUUCUUAGUCUUUAAGCAUUCAUGUAUUUACCAGUUCAGUGUAUUGGUCUUUAUAAAUUUAUACUUUUUUAAAGAGAAUAUCUUAUUAAGUAUUUUUAUAACUGGCAGUUCACUAGGGUACUACUAUCAAUCUUUAAAGUAUUGUUAUUUAUAAUUCAAGAACUGUUAAGAGUGGUCUUUUAUUAUU